AUGAUAGCUAAUGAUGUUACUAUUGAUAUUCCGUUGAAUGAGGAGGAUGAGCACGAACACGAUCAACAUGGACAUGAAUUUCACCAGCACAACCAGCAUAAUCAACAAAACGAGGACCAGCAGAACCAGAACCACGACCAAGACAGAACAGACGCGCACAGCAAAAGCGACUCCCUCUCAUUCUUCAGAUACCACAGCUCAAUACACAACGAAGAAGAAGGCAGUGAAAAAGCACACCUCGUCCCAGACUGCGACGCAUCCUCAACAGGCCGACGCCGGAAAUCCAAACCCCAUAGAACACACAACAACACUCACACCACCAACCCCAACCCCAACUACAACUAUAAACCUAGCGACGACCACAAAGAACACCUCCCAGACGGAAACAAAAACCUAACCCGCCUCCACCGCCUCUACAAAUCCCUCAUAAACUCCUCCAUCAUAACACGCUACAUCGCCUACAUAACACCCCUCGCGAUCCUAAUCGCAACACCCAUUAUCGUCGGUGCAACGGUAGCCCGCUACGCGACUAUCGGUGGUGUCACGUUGUAUUGGUUCUUUGCGUGGAUUGAAGUCGUCUGGUUGAGUUUGUGGGUGUGUAAGAUUCUGGCGAGGGGGCUGCCGUAUGUUUUUGAGAGUUUGUGGGGGGUUGUUAGUCCUGGGGGGAGGAGGUAUGGGCUUGUGCUUAGGGCUUUGGAGAUUCCGAUUUCGUUGGUGGGGUGGACGGGUGUUUCUUUGGUUACUUUUUUUCCAAUAAUGGCGCAUAACCCUGAUCGAAUAGCGCAUGGGGAUACGAACCCCAAAACAUGGGAGAAGUCGGUUAAGAAUAUCCUCUUUGCGCUGUUCGUGUGCAGUCUUAUCUUCCUAACGCAGAAGACGAUGAUUCUACUUAUUUCGAUAAACUAUCACCGGAAACAAUUCGACAGCAGGAUCAAAAAGUCAAAACGCCAUGUUCAGCUGCUUAGUACGCUCUAUGAGGCGUCGCGGACUAUGUUCCCGAUGUACUGCAAGGAGUUCUACGACGAGGAUGUGUUUAUCUGUGACUCCAUGCUUGCGGCUGCUGGGGGUACUGCGUCGUCGAAUAGUUCGUUCCUGCGAGGAAGGGCGGGUAUCAUUCGGAACGUGGGCCAGAAUGUCAACCGCUUUGCGGACCAGGUUACCGAAGCUUUUGGGAAUGUUGCACAGGAGAUUACGGGGAAACAUGUGUUUAACCCGACGGCAGCGCAUUCGAUCGUUACGCAGGCGUUGGAGAAGAAGAAGUCUUCUGAAGCGCUGGGAAGACGGAUCUGGAUGUCAUUUGUUAUUGAAGGGCGGGAGGCUCUGUUCCCUGAGGAUAUCGCUGAGGUACUCGGGACCGGACGGGAGGAUGAAGCCGAAGAAGCUUUUCAGUUACUGGAUCGUGAUGAGAACGGGGAUAUCAGUCUUGAUGAGAUUAUCCUGGGUGUCACGGAAAUGGGGCGGAUGCGCAGAGCGCUGCAUCACAGUCUGCACGAUGUCGAUCAGGCGAUUCAGGUUCUGGAUAACCUGCUUCUCACUGUCGCUAGUAUAGUGGGUGUUCUCGUCUUCAUCUCCUUCGUGACAUCUGGCUUUGGAACGGUCAUUGCCGCCGGAGCAACAUCGUUGCUCUCACUCAGUUUCAUCUUCUCAACAACCGCCCAGGAAGUCCUAGGCUCAUGCAUCUUCCUCUUCGUCAAGCACCCCUUCGACGUCGGUGAUCGUGUUGAUAUCAGUGGCCGGUCGUACAUGGUCGAACGCAUUUCCUUGCUCUUUACAGUUUUCCAUUGCGUCUCAGACCACCGCAUCACGCAGACGUCGAACGCAACCCUAAACACCCUCUGGAUCGAUAAUAUCACCCGUGCAGACGCCAUGCACGAGCAACUCACCAUCAGCGUGAACUUCAACACCACUUUCGCUGAUAUUCAGUCUUUACGAGUUGAAAUGGAAACGUUCGUCCGGAAUAAGGAAAACUGCCGAGACUUCCAGCCCAAUGUCGAGCUUGAAGUCCUUGGUGUCGGCGACGACACAGACAGACUACAGUUGCGAGUUGACAUCCGCCAUAAAUCAAACUGGGCCAAUGAGAGUGUCCGCGCUUCGCGUCGCUCGAAGUUCAUGCGUGCUCUGGUCCUCGCCAUGAAAAAGCUCCACAUCCGUGGCCCCGGCGAUGAUUCCCCAAACAGCCUAGAAGACGACGAACCACCACCCCCAUCCACCAAUACCAACAACGACACCGAUAACAACCCAAACAAACGCGACUCAGACACGAGCACAAACGCCCAAAUCCGCGCAACGCAAGAACAAGGCCAAUCCACAGCACACCUCAUGGUCCCGCACAAAGCAAACCCCCCAACAGGAGCCAGAACGACCGGAUUUGACAGGGAUAGGGAGCAAUCCCCCGUAUCCACAAACUCCAUCGCAUCCUCAGGCCUCUUCCACCGCCACAGCGUACCCUCCCGCCAGAAUACAUCGAGCGCAAAUACAGGCCUGAGACCGGCGACGACGACGACGCCAGGAAGUGUUUCUGAAUUUCACGAUGAUUCGUAUCAGACGCCUGCUACGUCGCCGGAGCGGAUGCGG